UUCAAGUUGGAAAGUCAGCUGUUGUGUUAAAAUCGGCGAAUUUGUUGUUGAAAAAUACCUGUUAAUAAUAAAAGUAGUAAAUUUAUUAACAUUUAUAUAAAUCAGAUCUUAUCAAUCGCUUCAAAAAUGUGGCCAAUAAUAAUGCAGUUCCUUAGAACAAACGCUCCAUACUUCACAUUACCAGUAGCGGCUGUGGUCGGUGUCAUAGGAUACAACUUGGAAAGUUUAUUAUCAGACAGAUAUACACCAUAUAACAAACCAGUACAAGACCAAAGAGUAGAACGGCUAAUAGAUGAAGAGGUGCUAAGCGACCCUACCAAUGUCCAGAAACUAAGAUAUAAAGAAAAUGUACUCGGGAGAAACGUGUCACCGUCUCUAGAAAACAAAUAAAUUGGUCUAGUCAGUAUGAAUACUAUAUUUAAAAUUAAUGUUGAUUAUAAUUAUUAUGUAGGUGUUUUGAGUUGGGUAUUUUAUUUAAAUUUUGAUAAUUGUUGUCUUAGUUGGAGAAUUAUGUCAAAUGUUUAUAAUUACACUACAAACAUAAGGCCUAUUGUGCAAAUGAAACUGCAUAGUUUAAUUAUCUCCGUACAGCCUAUAGACCUUACGAUUUUACUGUCGAAUUUAUGUGUCGUCUUGUUCAGUUAAAACUGUAGUUUAAGGUAGGUUUUUUAAUUUUUCCUACCCUGCCAUCAUUUCAAUUGUAGCUUCAUAUUGAUUAUUAUCACAAGGUGUAUCGCGGGCAUAAGACUACAUCUCGUAAGGUCGGGCCGUAUAGCAUGUUUUGUGCUUCUAUCGUUUUGAGUCCGAACUCUCAGAAACAAGCAAUUUAUAAGUACUUAUAAUUUUUAAAUUAAAUAAAAUACGCCGCUCAUUAUUUUAGUCUGUAAUUAGGUAAUGUACUUUUAAAAACAUAUCCAUUAUUUUGGUUCCAUUGCAUUGUGAAAUAAGGCUAUAACUUAUACGAAAUAAUCUAAAAAGAAAUGUUGAUAUAAAAUUUUAUUGUUAAUAUUUAAUACCAUUUUUAUUGCAAUAUGAAGUUUGACUUCAGUCCAUUAAUUAAAUUAUUCAUUUAAUGUGUUUGUAAAUUGAACAAAUGUAAUCUAGAAAGCUGUAUAUAAUUGUUUUACAC